AUGGCGAAAAGCAAGGAGAAGCGCUCUUCGGGCGUGCAAGCCCCACGAGUCGAGAUUUCAUCUCAUGCCGAAGAGUCGAAAACUUCUUCAGAGGAAAAUUUCAUCUCGCUCGAUGCCGGCGCGCUUGCCAAUCUUACCAAAAAAAUCGAACAAAAUCUGAAAGGCGGCCAAGGGUCCAAUAAUAAACCCCAGAAACAGAAACGCACAGAAAAUCCUAAGACCGAGAACAAAAGGGAACCGAAGAAAGACGCUGCGGAAAAGAAGGGGGCUGCUCCAAAGACGAAUCAGGGCAAAAAGCGGAACCGAAAUGGAGACGUUAUUGAUAAACCAGACAAAGAUGGGAAGGCUCAAACCGAGAGCGAGGAUGAUAUUUUGAGAAGGGAGAUCUUGGCCUUGGGUGGUAGCAAGGAAGACUUUGAUCUUUUAGCCAAUGUGGGCUCGGAUUCAGAGGUCGAGGAUUCUGCACACAGCCAAAGCAAAAAGGCGGGGUCAGACGAAGAUUCUUUGAGGAAGGAACUGUCUAAACUCUUAAAAGAUGCUGGUCAGUAUAAUCCUGAGAUUCCGGACGAUCAAGUCACCGAGGAAGAGGAGAAAAUGGGCGAAGAUGAAAGCGAGGACGAGAGUGAGGGCGAUGAAGAUAUAGUUGAGACAAAGUCGAAUGCAUCUGAGGCUAGCGAAAUUGAGGAAGAGUCUUUGAAAUCACAACAAUCCGCAAAACUUGACGAUCAAAAGAAAAAGGAUGCUGUGCCUGAGACGCUGUCACAGUUCCCCAAGGAAUACUCACGAUUGACCGUAAUGCCCAGAUCUGACUGGUACAACACUGACUUGCCUUCAGUCUCUUCUGCAAAAAUUACCACGGGGCUGCCCAAGUUUCUUUUGGAUCGGAUUCAGCAGCAUGCCACCUCGCUACUAGAGAAGGAGAACGAACUAUACUCGCAAAUAUCGAAGCAAUCGGCUUCAUCAUCUCACAAGUUUUACUCGACUAUCAUGACCUCGGGAACACUGAGUGACAAGAUCUCAGCGCUCACGUUGGCUGUCCAGGAAUCGCCUGUUCAUAAUAUGAAGGCUCUAGGGGAUCUCGUUGCUUUGUCCAAAAAGCGGAGCCGUGCUCAGGCUGUGGAUGUCCUACGUUCUCUCAAAGAUCUAUUCGCGCAGGGAACACUUCUUCCAGGUGACCGCAAGCUGAAAGCAUUUGCCAACCAUCCGGAACUCGUGGCGGCAUUCCAGAAAGCUGGGAAUAAAUGGACCGAGCGUGAUCCUCUUCCCGGUGCUCUCCAAUCCAAGCAUCUGAUAAUCUGGGCUUUCGAGGAUUAUCUAAAGUCACAGUUCUUUGAAAUACUGAAAGUUCUGGAAAUCUGGUGCAAUGACGAAAUUGAGUUUUCACGCAGUCGUGCCGUCAGCUAUGUGUAUGAACUUCUCAAAGAAAAACCGGAGCAAGAGGCCAAUCUUAUGCGUCUUCUAGUAAACAAACUUGGUGAUACCGGGAAGAAAAUUGCAUCUAGGGCGUCGUAUUUGCUACUUCAACUAACCCAAGCACAUCCGUUGAUGAAGCCAACCAUCAUCCGGAGUGUCGAGGAAUUUCUCUUCCGACCGGGCCAAAACGCACACGCCAAAUACUAUGCAAUCAUUACACUCAAUCAGACGAUUCUUAGCACGAAAGAGGAGAAGGUAGCCAUUCAGCUUUUGGAUAUUUACUUUUCGAUUUUCCUCCAGCUGUUGAAGUCUACAGACAAAAAGAAUCUAAAGGAGGGCAAUCCAAGAAAAGGCAAAAAGGGCAACGGCGCGAAAGAUCAAAAGGGACAAGCAGAACAUGACGAACAGCUGAAAGAAAAGCUGAUUUCUGCUGUCUUGACGGGAGUCAAUCGAGCCUAUCCGUUUACUAGCUCCGAUACUGACAGUCUCUCAAAACAUAUAGACACUCUGUUCCGCGUCACCCACUCAUCCAACUUUAACACUAGCAUUCAAGCUCUUAUGCUCAUUCAGCAGCUUACUGCCACGCAUCAAAUCGCCGCGGAUCGGUUCUAUCGUACUUUAUACGAGUCCCUUCUCGACCCUAGGGUUGCAACAUCGUCUAAGCAAUCGCUCUACUUGAAUUUGUUGUUUAAGUCACUGAAGAAUGACACGAGCAUCAAGCGGGUCAAAGCGUUUGUGAAGCGAAUUGUUCAAGUCUUGGGGUUGCAUCAGCCGUCUUUUAUCUGCGGUGUUUUCUUUUUGAUCAGAGAAUUGGAGAAGACCUAUCCCGGUUUAUUAUCGCUCGUUGACCAACCAGAAGAGGACGACAGUGACGAGGAAGAAGUCUUCAAGGAUGUACUUGAUGAAGAGGACCAACAGGUAGCAGGGAAAAGUGACGAGACGAUUGAGACCCCCAAGAAAGUCACGAAUGGCUAUGAUGCUCGUAAACGAGAUCCUCAACACAGCAAUGCCGAUAAGAGCUGCCUGUGGGAGUUGCUUCCUCUCCUCUCUCACUUCCAUCCAUCUGUUUCCGUGUCAUCCUCUCAUAUUCUUGGUCAUGAACCGCUGACUGGCAAACCCGAUCUCACUAUACAUACACUGAGUCACUUCUUGGAUCGAUUUAUCUACCGAAAUGCCAAGGCGACUGGUUCGGUGCGCGGUACAUCGAUCAUGCAGCCACUUGCAGGAUCUGAUAGUCACGAUCUACUGGUCAGCGCUAGCGGCAUUGUGGGAGAUGCUCGUACGCAAGAGCCACUCAACUCGGAGGCAUUCUGGCGUAAGAGAACCGAGGAUGUUGCAGCUGAAGAUGUCUUCUUCCAUGAAUACUUUAACCGGUUGGGCAAGGAUAAGACGGCCAAGAAAGACAACAAGAAGAAAGCCAAGGAUCCAGUUGAGCGCGAUGAGGAAGCCGCAAGUGAUAGCGACAAUGAAUCGGAGAUAUGGCAAGCGCUCGUGGAUUCGAGACCUGAGCUGGAGGGAGAUGAUGAAGAUGACGAUCUUGAUAUGGACGAUCUUGAAUCAGCCUUUGAUGAUGACGACGAUGGGGAUGCUGAUGGUCUUGAUGACGAUGAAGGGGUUAUCUUCAACGAUGAGUCCGACGAAGAAGAGGAGGAAGAGGAAAAAGAAGAAGAAACACCAAAGACAAGCAAGCCUCAGAAGAAGUCAUCCAAUGAUAAACCCGAGGACGAAGAUGAAGACGAAGACGAAGAUGCCUUUGAUAUGGACGUAUCUGAUGAAGAGGCGUUCCGUGACAGUGACGAGGAUCUGCCAUCUGAUCUCGACAUCGAUAUGGAUACGGAAAUGGGAGGAGUCGCUUUACCUUCUGCAUCUACGGAACAAGAUGAUAAUACCAAGGGCUCAGAACAGAAAAAGAAGAGGCGCAAGCUUCGACACUUGCCUAUGUUUGCAUCGGCGGAUGAUUAUGCAGCCUUAUUGGCAGAUGAAGAUGACGGGCAGGCAUGA